AUGUACGGGGGUUACACAGUGUUGGUAGUAACUGUGAGAGUUCAGUCAGUCAUGGAGGAGCAGAGAGUUCAGACCUGCGACUUUUACAGGACGGAUCCAGACCUGCCGCACCGAUUCAAUAACCCAGACUGUUUCCAUGGUUAUGAGCAGGUGAAAAGUCACCCGUUAUAUCGAACAUCAAACCAAACAUAUGGCAGCAAGAAGCCAGCUCUUCACGAAAUGCAGGGUCUACUCGACAUCCCGUCAGUUUCGGAGCUAAUGCUGCACAGCGGGAUGUUUCGCCAUCAUGGUUUUAACACGUCUGUAGACAGGAGCAGAGUAAUGGUUUCCAUGGAAACCCAGCACAGGAGAGCCAACUUCCAUUACUUGUAUCAUUAUGGAAACCAGAGGAGCAAGAAUGUUGGAAGCAGCAAGUAA